AUGUCACAAACACCUCAGCUGCGCGACCAUGUCGGGGCCAAGCGGCGAGCCCUUUACCCUUCAGAAUUGGCUUUGCCGCUGGCCGACGCGCCCUCAGCCACGGUUCGUGACCUGAUCGUCGUGGGCUUUGGCCAACGUAACAUCAAGGGCAAGACGCUGCGCGCCGUGUUGCUGGCCCACCCCAAUACGCAUGGCGUCAUGUGGAGUCGCCGUGUCCAUGUCCAAACUGACGAGCCCAGCCCUAGCGCCGUUGCCGCUGCAGAGCAGGCUCUUGCCAACUUGGCCGCCACCAGCAAGCCUGCGCCUGCGCCCGCACCCGCGCCCGCGCCCGCACCCGCUGCCGGGGCGGCCCCAGCCCCACUUGCAGCCUCCACCAACAACACACCUGACCCUGCUUCUUCGCUGUCUGAAAUCCCGAUACCCGAUGUUGCCGGCCCGACAGACCCCGUGAUCUCGGAUGUGACCGAUCUCUUUUUUGAGCCCCCGACGAGACCAGACCUCGUGCCUUGGCCCGAUGCCCCCUCUUCCACUGACGUGGCGCCGUCUCAGGAUGGUUCGCCUGCAGCCAAGCGAACAGCCACGCCAUCUGUCACCUUUGAUGCCUGGGGCUCGGCCAGUGAGGUCUUGGCCACUGCCGAGAUUAAUCGAAAGGCGCCAGAGUUCACCUUUGUUCGCACACUGCCCGAGAGAGAUGCAUUGGAUCCUGUGACACUGUUUCAACAGUUGUUUCCAGACAAGAUAUUGGAUCGUCUCCUGCACAGCACCAACGCCCAGCUCAAGGGCGGUGCGCCCCUAGCUCGCAGUGAGCUCAUGGCGUUUUUUGGCGCCACCCUGCUGUCCACAACGGUGCGGGGCCCCGUGAAGCACGUCUGGGAACCAUCAGAGACCCGCUUUGAGGCACGCCUCAAGCUCGGAGACAUCAUGCCUCGUGAACGCUUUGAGGCCGUGGUGGCUGCCUUGGCCCUGGCGUCCAGUGCAGAUGAUGUGCAGCCCCCGGGCGAGGAUGAGACUGGCCCGCUGCUAGAGGGUUGGCAGCUUCUGGACGAAUGGAACGCCAACAUGGCCCGUGUCUACAGUCCAUCACACCUGAUCGGCAUCGACGCGUCCCAGGCAGCGCGGCGCUCCUUUGCCGAUACACACAUUCGUAUUCAACACGUGCCCUGCGUCACCUCACAGGCUCACGUGGUAGCAUGUGAUGCCGUGACCAAUGUGAUACUGGCCAUGGAACGUCUCGAGGGUCCUGCAGAGCGUGCUGCCAUGGGUAAGGCGCGGGCGUUUGACGAUGAACACGACCCUACCACUGCCAAGGUGAUGCGCCUGACUCGCAGCUUGCGCCAGCAACCCGUGCCCCGGGUGGUCGCCCUGGACAGUGAGCUGUGUGUCCCACAUACACUGCGGGCCCUGGCCACUGCCGAUUUACACGCGUGCGUGGGAGUGCAACAGCGCGAGGGCCAUUGGCCGCCUCAGAUCCCGGGUUCUGAAGCACAUGCCUUUGCCACACACCAACCUCUUGGUCUGCUCUCUGGUCGCCAGGGCCAAGUGGAGGGCACGCCCUUGCAUUUGUAUGCACUGAGGCGACCAGGACAAACAUCACUGCUACUCUCGACGUACGGCUCACUCGCACAGACGGGUGCACCUCGCCAGUGUCGGGCUGGCAAUGACCUCAUUACAUACCAUUUCAACGCCCCAUUUGAGGACUACGUGGCGGGGCGGGGCGCCGCUCAUGCCGCGGUAGGCUUGUGGGAAGCUGAAGUUCAAGCCGUGUUGGAAAAGUGGACCACCGCGUCGUGGCUCGGACGCCAAUUGGCAAGCGUUUUGACGGCUUCGUUCAUCAACGCGUUUUGGAGCUUUCACCGUGAUCGCCCGAUGGCUCGUGGAGUCACGCUGACCGCGUUAUUGGCCGUGUUUCGACACGAUCUGGGUGUGGCGCUGUGCCGCGAUUGGCUUUCUGUGCGGGAGACACCCCUUGCCCCGACGGCCAAGCCGGUCUCAGCUCCCACACCCACGCGCCGCACUUCGUCGACCGAGGGCGCCUUUCGCGGACCAAUGGCCAACGCAGCCUCAUCUGUGCUGCACGUGCUUCGGCCCGUGCCCAAGCACGAAGGUGUGCAGCCAGGCAAGCGAACCAAGGCGGCCGCACAAGCUUGUCGGUGUCGCGGAGAGGGAUGCACCAAGCGCGUGCGCACCAGUUUAUUCAGCGUGUGCGACCUGUCCUUCAAAGACAUUCUCAAAAACCAGCAGCCAAACCGCACGCGCCCUGCCCGGUGCCCUGUCUUGACGAUAAUGGAAACGGCAUCAACCCUUCAUCUCGAGGCGCUGCUCUCGCAGCAGGCCGAGUACCGUGACCAGCAGCGCGCCGCACUUCAACCCGUUCAGAAUCUAAACACAAGAGGCCAACGAAAGCGUAGCAAGAGUUUUCGACAGACCAAACACGAUCAUGUGGGCGAAAGCCCUCUACGACCCUCGCCGGCUCGCUUAGCCUUUGGGGAGGAAACAAGCACAGCACAGGCCUUGCUGCUGCCCUCCGCACCCAUACCAGCUCGGCUGGUACAGCCCACCUCUUUGAUGCAGCGAAACAAUGGGUCCCGCGAAUCUGUAGACCUGGCCCACUUUUUCAUGCAAGCCUCUCAGCCCCAACCCAAGUGGCGACCGAACCAUCAGGAUGGCAAAACUAGCACAAGCAACUCCUCUCUUUCCACAUCAUCCAUGUCGUUGACGCGACCGCUGUUCCCCACCGGGGAGGAUCCCAAUGAGUCUCUCCCUCUGCGCUGGCCCGAGACUCAGAAGCAGGGCGGUGUAACGGGGCCCACGAUCGCUCAGCAACUCUCGUCACGGGGCGAGCGCUCAACCACAGGAACACGGUCGACCGCGGAACCUCAAACCAACACUUCUACCUGGACCACUCGAACAGAUCGCUCACACCUCGGCGCCUCGAUGGACUUGAACUUGAGCAAUGACUCGAUCAACGAAGAGCCUACCCUCAUGGCUCGCACCAACACCAUGUGCAGCAUUGCCGAAGGCUCCGUUGACGACGAAAACAUGGUCCAGGAUGCGCUCAAAGUGGAAAAUAAUGCGCUUCAGCAGGAGAAUCAGGCUUUGCGGCGACAGCUGGAGCAACUGCAGAUGCAAAACAGCCGCCUGCGAGUGGUCAAUGAGGACCUAAUGGACCGCAUCACAGCUCUGACCAUGCGCGACGGCGCUGCUGAACCACUGAGCGUCAUGGAGCCGGCCGAUGGCAGUGGUAGCGCUGACGCGGGCUUGGAGCAGCCCGAUGCUGAGCAGCUGAUUGCAGUAGCGGAAGGCCAGGAUGGCAUGGCAAGCUUGGCACCCGAGGCUGAGCCGAUGCAUGUGGGGUCAGAUGAGGUGGUGGCAACCCCCGAGUCACCAGCAGCAGAAGCCUUGGCCCCACCCGAACCGAGUCAUUCGGGCGUCGCCGUGGAUAGUACCGAAGAGGAGGCUGCCCGCGGCUCUGCUGACAUGCAGCCAUCUGUCGAUGACCCUUUUGCCCUGGGACUGGCUUCAGACGCUUUGACGGCACAAGACUCGACCAUGGCCCCAAGUGCUGAGGCAGAUGCGGCCGCCCAGCCAGUUGAGCUCACACCGCCUGCCGCCCGGAUAGCUGAGAGCAGCGACCCCGUAGCUACAGUGCUGGAAAUGCAUGCCACCAUUGAUCAGCAGCCUCCCACAUUGGCAGAGGAGCUGCACCAAGGGCUGGAUAGUGCGGAUGGGAUGGCGGACGUGGCCUUGAGUGACGGUGAAGAAGAGGAUGCUGAUGAUGUUGCCUCCAGCUUGGCCAUGACAGCUCCCUCUGAAGCCAGCUUCCUGGCCGGAGGUAGUGAGGUUGCCCCAUCCCCUCACCUGGUCCGAAACGACAGCCGUGUCUCCACCACGAGCAACCAUUUUAACCAUGCCGCCACUGACUCGAGCCACAGUCCAGGGCGCCACAACUCGAUCACCACUGCACCCGGCCGCCCAGUUUUGCAAGCCCCGGCAUCCCUACUGGCUUCGGGCGACUCACGCGCAGCUGAUGCCCCGGAGGCAACGAACACCCCGGUGACCGAAGCCCCUGACUUUGGUGACGUCCGUAUCCAAGCCCCGGACGAAGAUAAUGCGCGGACCGCGAGGGCGGCAGGUCAAGUCCGGCGCGAAACCGUAUUUGAACGCGCAAGCCUCCAAUUCCGUUCUCUUUACAACAGCGCAAACAAGCCCGUGGAUGAGGAACUGGACGCAUUACACCAGGCUGUCAAUGGUCGCCGAACGCAAGCCAAGGAGAUGGCGAUGGUCCUUCGCAAAUACCAGCGCUGCAUAAACGAUCUCAAAGCAGCCGAGAAGAGCAUGAGCCACUUUCUCUUGACCCAGGGCGUGCGCACCCCGGGUCCCAUUGGCGAGUGCAUGCAAAUUCUAGGGAGCACCCAGCGGACCAUGGGGCGAAAUGUUGAAGACCAUACUCUUCCGGCCCUGGCCUCGGCCUUGGAGCAGCUCAACGUUUAUCAGCAACGCGUUUUGCCACCGGUACAGGCUGCCGCCAAGGCAGCCUCAAAGGCCUUCGUGCAACACGAGGCGGCCAAGGCCGUGGCCAGCAAGGCUCGACAGUCAGAAAAGCAUCGCGAGGUUGCCGAAACUCGUGCGCAGGAAGCCGAGCUGGAGUUCACCCAGCGCAAGGAUGAUGCCCGGGCUCGCAACUUGAUUGUGGAGGAUCAUCGCAUCCAGAUGCUACUCAGCCAGCUCGAGGCCACACAGCGGGCCUGGGGUACUGUUUUGAACGAUAAUGCCAACGCCCUUCUGAGCGCCGAGGCCCGAUCGAAAGCCACCUAUACCGAAGCGGCUCACACGGCCGUCCUUUAAAGCGCUUCAGUCUUAAGUAAUUGAUCUCAAACC